AAGAGUGAAACGUGACACAACGUUUUAAAAACAAACUAAACUGAACAAAGCGGCAUGCUGAUUACUGUGCAUGCCCUUGGCUACAUCAUGCGUUGAAAAACCUGGAACUGGUGAUAGGCUACACACAGUCCGCUUUCUUUCUUUCUUUCAGAUGGACAUAAUAUGAGCUGCAUUGUCCAGCCCAUGCUAACGCCCCCAAACGGAAGACGCCAAACUUUGUGUUUCUAUACCGUAGUGCGUAUCAAACACGCAAGUCGUUUGAAAGCGACAUUCAUAAAACACGCUUGAUUUACUACUAGAAUGGAUGUUGAAAACAUCGAAUUGAACGGCGUCGCUGAACCGGGCUCUUCUGACCGAGAGAGCACACUUUUGUGGCAGAUGAAUGCUACAGUAUUUCAUCUUAUUAGAAUCACAAGCAUGACUGAGUGCUGAUAAUACCCUGGCCAAUUCAAAAAAAAGUAUCAGUCCUCGGCCUAUCGCCGCAGCAGGAGAAAUGCUCCUAUCAACAUGAAUCACUAUGCCAACAAGAAGAGCGCUGCAGAGAGCAUGCUGGACAUUGCGCUGCUCAUGGCCAAUGCCUCCCAGCUGAAAGCCGUGGUGGAGCAGGGGCCCUCCUUCAGCUUCUACGUGCCGAUAGUGGUCCUCAUCAGCAUAUCCCUCGUACUGCAGGUCAUUGUCGGGGUGCUUCUAAUAUUCAUCGUAAAGUACGACCUGAAUGAUGAAAAUAAGCAACCCCGGCUGAACCUUCUCAAUAAUAUUGCGACCGGCCUGGUGUUUAUUAUUGUGGUUGUGAAUAUCUUCAUCACAGCGUUUGGAGUUCAGAAAUCUGACCCACAAAACCUGAAGCAAUAGACUGGAAACCGCAGACCUGCUGGUCAUUUUCAAAGCACUCCCUGACCUCUUCGUUCAGCAACCCUGGUCUACAGAGAUUACAGCACAGUGGGCCCAAUGCGAAGAGGUUUUGGUUACGAAGGAAACGGAACACGGAACACAGCACUGCCUUUUUUUCAACACAAAAGCCUUGAUUUAUCAACAGUCACACCUCAUAGGCUCCUUUCUUCUUUACAGGGUCUUUGGACUUUCAGACCACAGCGAAAUCCGCCAAGUUACAGCAACAUGCAUUGUAAAGUCAUUGUUUCACAAAACCUUGUUUUUACCACAUCAGGGGAAGACAUAUUGUAAUUCAUUUUUAAUUGCUGUAAUGUGAUUCAGUGUGAUUAUUCUGCAUCGUUAAUUGUGUAAAAUGUCUGGAACGAGCCUAGGCUUAAGUACUGUACUAGAGGUAUUCCUUGUAUUGCCAGUACACUCUGCUACCCCUCCCUCCCCAUCCUCGUCUUUUUUUUUGGUCAAUAUUUUAUAGGAGUAAUUUUAUAUAACAACAUUUGUAUAUUCUUCAUUCAAAUUGAAAAAAAAAGAAAAUGGUAUAGAAAACCAAAAAGUAUUUUCUUAAAACGUUGAAGGGGUUAGUAGUAGUAUAAAGUCUGACUACAAUGCACAGGUAGCGGGGUCUACAACAUUAUCCAAACAAAGCACUUACUGGCACUGUGCUGAGAUGAUCCAGUAUCCUAAUCUAAACUGGGUGUUUAGUGGGGGAAUGGGUUUUUAAUUAGGGACUUUACAGGAUUCAUCAGCAUCAAAUUCAGCUUCAUCAAAUAGACCUUCAUCAAUGGCCAUUUUAUCACAUCCUUCCAUCAGGAGCCCAGGUCAUGGGGACAACAUUUCAGUUACUGUCAUGAGUUUACAGACGUUCUCUUGGGAGGGUUGUUUUGGAGCAAGGGCUCCCUCUAGGGUCUCGACUGAUAAACUGCUGCUUCAUAUAAUUGUUAUUUACAAAAUAAUGUACAUGCCUUAAUAAAGCUUUUUAUACUAAUUGUUUCGUAUUUCCUACACUGUAGAUCUGUACACAAAGUGAAUAGCAAUGUCACUGUAAUUGUUAAUCUUGUACAAUUUGGAUUUUCUUGGAACAAAAAGUACAAAACCAAGAAAGAGGUUGGUCACCCGAAUCAUGUGCAUUGUGGUUCUUUUUUUUUUGUUUUUGUUUUUAAUCAAAGUUAAUUUAAUUUCAUUUGAUCAGAUAUGUUAGUGGACAGUAUUAUAUGUGUCACAGUGAUAAUACAUGUUCUGUUUAUGUAAAGUAGAUUUUAUUUGUGUAUUCAAAUUUUUAUUAUAAUAGGGUCUAUUCAGUUCAUUUUAAACGAUGACAGAUUAAAAUGCUGGCGUGUUUAAAUGUGUUAAUAAAUGUGUAUAAUUUUUGAAACUUAAAAAUACCACAUAUAUUGCUAGUGUGAGAUUACAAAAUAUUUAUAUUGAUUUGUACUUAGCGUUACCAGUACCUUCUACAGACAAUAAGAUGUCAGAAUGUCUGUAUGCAUCAGUCUUUCAGGUGCCAUUCCUACAAUAGCAAUGAUGUCAGCAUGUUGACUGUUACUCUGUAUAAUGCAGAGAAAGGCAUGAAUAUGGUCCACACAUACAUUCACGAUCUAAGAAGAGGGACUUCUUAAUAGCAUGUAACUUCAGUGCAAUUUUUAUUCAACUGUCUUUAAUCUUUGCAGUUAUUCAGGAAUACAACAAUGCUGAAAAUAUCCCCCUUUAGAAUAAUAUUUUUUAAAAAAUGCAUAUAACAAGAAAAACUUAUAAACUGCAUCUUGAAAAAUAAAGUGUGCAGAAAAUGUGACUUGUUGCAGGAACCCACAAUGCCAUAUUUCUGCACUGUGUGCAAAGUUAAAAUUCAAUCUGACACAGCAACUACUUGCUUUGAUCAGCGGGUGUUUCUUUGUGUUUAGAUUAAAUCCAAUUUGAAUUAAGAAGACUGGUAAAACAUUUUAAAGUGGAGAAUCUAGCAAUAACAUUUACACGGUUUUGUAUGUACUACCAAUAUAUAGUUCAUGAAAAGCUGCUGCUGGCCCUCGCUUAGACAGUGUGCUGGCGUUUUUCAGAGUAAAAUAGACCUCCUUCUGUUUCUUUAUUCAAGAAAAAACUAUUCUCUCCCUUGUUUACAAAAUCCCUUUGUGGUUUUACAUAUUAAUCAUCUUAAAUUUAGACUGUCUUUCUGUCUGGAUGUGUGUCUGUACGAUAUUAAUGGAGACAGGCUGAGUCACAAGUCAUGCAACAGAGGAAAUUAUGCACAUUUACAAUUGGUCGAAUGAUGUGCAUCAAUCUCUGCACAGAGAUGUCCAUACAUUACUGUGUGUGCAAUCAUCAACAAAAAGGGCUUUGCCUACUGUAUUCAGCAGGCAGAACAAAUCAGCUUCACUUUGUGGUCCUCUCACCCACACUGCAAGAGAGGAUACAAUAAGAGACACCCAACGAGCUUAGUAUAGAAUUAACAGUAGUAUAACUUGCUCUGUUAUUCCAAACUAAUAACUAAAUAUGUCACAUGACUUGGCUAAAAAUGCUUUAUUUUAACCUCAUUUACAUUUAUAUUAAAAGGUUGAGUCAAUUAGCAAUAAUGCACUUUUUGUUAUUAAUGUAAUCACAUUUUGUUAAAUUUUUUUGUUUAAUAAAACUGAUCAUCUUGCUGCA